AUGCGGAUUUUCUAUUGGAAUAUUCGAGGUGUUCGAAAGGCAGCGGCUUCUAGAGCGUUGCAUAUUUUUCUUCGUGAUUACUCCCCUGAUGUGGUGUGUAUUGCAGAGCCCAUGGUGGAUUCUUUCUCUUUCCCUGAUCGUUUUUUUAAUCGACUGGGAUUCAUGUCUGAAUUUAUCCAUAACUCCCGUCUUGAUAAAGUGCCAAACAUUGGGGCAGAGCGUAGGAAUCUUUGGGUGGAGAUGGGCAUUGUGGCUGCACUGUUCUGUCCAUGGGUUGUUUUGGGGGACUUUAAUGCCACAUUAUAUUCCCAUGAGAAGAGGGGUCCUGGUAGAUUCAAUGUGGGUUCCGCAGCAGAGUUCCAGGCCAUGGUGGAUGCUUGUGAUUUGAUUAGCUCUCCUUCCCAAGGAUCAAAUUUUACCUGGACAAACAAUAGAUGUAGAGGACAUGUGGCGGCAAGGCUUGACAGAAGUUUUUUCAAUGCUCAAUGGUUGGAUGCUUUUGGUGAUUGUGGUCAGAAGGUGCUCCAUAGAUCAAUUUCAGAUCAUGCUCCAAUCCUUUUUUCCUCAGCUGCGAUUCCUAAGCCUCGAAAUGCCCCUUUCAGACUUCAUCGUUUUUGGAUGAAAGAGGAAUCCUUUGUGGACCUGGUGAGGGAUGUGUGGUCUAGGGAGGUUAGGGGUGGUCCCAUUGGCAGGCUGGCAUAUAAAUUAAGGGCAGUUAAGGGUGCUCUAAAAGGGUGGGCAAGACAGACUUUCCCUAACUUGGAUGUAGCUCUUAAAGAGGCUACUGCAGAAGUGGAGGAAGUCCAGCGAACUAUUGACCAGAUAGGGAUGUCUGAUGAGUUAUACUCCAGAGAAGCAGAGGCGAAAUCUAAGCUCUUGAAAGCAGUGGAGAUGCACGAAAAGCUUUGGGCUGAAAAAGCUCGCUGCAAUUGGGCAAAACUUGGAGACCGUAACUCAAAAUUUUUUCAUCUAUCGGUUAAGGUGCGACGUAUAAAAAACAGCAUUCGUGCUUUGAAAAAACAAGAUGGUACAAUGGUCUCUGAGCCGCUGCAGAUGGCAGAAUAUGUGUCUUUUUUUUUUGAAAAUUUUCAUAAAGCGGACCAUUGCAUAGAUCAUAUGGAGCUGUUGCAGGUGAUACCUAAUGAGGUGAAUAGGGAGGACUCUUCCAUAUUAGAAGCUAUUCCUGCCAAAGAAGAGAUUAAGAAGGUGGUAUGGGGGUUGGAUCCAGAUAGCUCUCCUGGUCCUGAUGGGUUCCCAGGUGCUUUCUUUAUACAGUGUUGGGAGAUAGUGGGUGACGAUUUUUGUGGGGCUGUGAUUGCUUUCUUCCGCGGUGGGAAGCUUCCGAAUGGGGUAAAUAACAGUUUUGUGACGUUAAUUCCAAAGGUGGAGGGAGCGAUCUCUCUGGAUAAAUUUCGCCCCAUCUGCAUGGCAAACUUUUUCUGUAAAGUCCUAUCAAAGAUCAUGGCUGAGAGGUUAUCUUGCCUUCUUCCUCGGUUGGUGUCAGAUGAGCAAGGGGCGUUCCAGAAAGGUAAGAUUAUUUCAUCUAAUAUUGGAUUAGCCUCUGAGCUUGCUAAUUUAUUACAUACAUCUGUCAGAGGGGGUGGCAUGGGUAUUAAGAUUGACGUGCAGAAAGCCUAUGACACAUUGUCAUGGGAUUUUCUUUUUGCAGUCUUGAAAAAAUUUGGCUUUUCGGAUGUUUGGUUGGCUUGGAUUCAUGAAAUUUUGGUUUCUUCUAGAAUUUCAGUUUUAUUGAAUGGUGGUCCAGGAUGGCAAGGCAAACUCCUUUCAAUGGCUGGUCGUGCAGAGCUCAUUCGGUCUGUGAUCUUAGGUAUGCCUAUUCAUAAUUUUUCCAUUUAUUGGUGGCCUGAAUCGGUGAUUAAAACGGUGGAACGAUGGAUUAGGAAUUUCCUAUGGUCUGGGGAUAUUUCCACAGUGAAGAAAAUCACUGUGAAAUGGGAAGAGAUAUGCCGACCUAAGGAGGAAGGGGGUUUAGGUAUCAGGCGACUGAGGGAUGUCAACUGUGCAGUGAUUAGCAAACUUGUGUGGCAAAUGAAGCAUGAAGAAUCUGCUUUUAGUUCCUUUUUGCGGGCUAGAUUUGUGAAUGAAGGUGGAGACCUCAAGAAGGGUUAUAGAGCAUCUUCAGUGUUUAAAGGUAUUGCGAAGAUGUGGAAUUUUGUAUCUCUAUCUGAGCGGUGGAUGGUGGGUACAGGUGAGGACAUUUUCUUUUGGAAGGAUCGAUGGAUAGGUCCUUUGUCUAUUGCUGAGCUCUCCCCCCUCCCUUUGUCACAUUUUUACUAUAGCAAUUGCAGAGUGGUAGAUUUUAUUGAAGAUGGUAAGUGGUGUUUUCCCCCUAUUCAGUCUGAAUUUUUAAAGGAUACAUUCAAAGCUAUAGGGAAUAUAUCUUUGCCACAGGGUCAGAAAGACCGAUGCUGCUGGUCUCUAUCCUCCUUAGGAGCUUUCUCCACUAAAUCGGCCUGGGAAGCAUUGAGAAAGGUUUCUCCUAAAGUGGGCUGGGCAAAAAUGGUGUGGAGCUCGGUUUUGAUCCCCCGCCAAUCAGUUUUUGGCUGGAGACUUAUACAUGGAAAGCUUCCUUGUGAUGACAAGGUAAAAAGAAAAGGAGUGCUGCUCCCUUCUAGGUGUGAGGUGUGCAAUAAGGCUGAGGAGUCUAUAAAUCACUUGUUCGUGAAAUGUGAUGGAGCUGUCUACAUUUGGAGGGCGUUUGCUGAAGUCUUUGGUUUUCAUUGGUCCUAUCAGGGGGAUGAUUUUUUAGCUCAUGCUUCAUGGUGGACUCAAAAAUCCAAAUCCAUUGGUCUGUCUCAAUUGUGGAUGGCUGGUUUGAUUCUUGUUCCAUACUUUAUUUGGAUGGAAAGGAAUUCGAGAAGAUUUAGGGGUCUACAUCGAUCUUAUGGUCAAGUCUUUCAUACAAUAAUAGAGGAGAUUAGAAGACGUGGCCCAGGAAAAAAUGACAGAAUAAAAUCUCGACUUGAUUCUGAGAGAUGCUUGAAGCUUAAUAUAGAGGUGCCAAGAAGGAAGACUAAAGGGGUCCAAGAAAUUUUCUGGCUGCCUCCGAUGGAUGGAUGGUGGAAGCUAAAUUGUGAUGGCUCGUCCUUGGGUAAUCCAGGGAAUGCUGGAGCAGGUGGCAUUAUAAGGAACAGCAAGUGCCAGAUUGUAGCGAUUUAUAGCUCCUAUUUAGGAAUAGCUUCAAAUUUCCAUGCUGAAUUUAACGCUUUAAUUGAAGGAAUUGAGAGAGCUAGAGAGCUGAAUUGUGCAUCUCUGUGGAUUGAAUGUGAUUCGGGCGCUGUGAUGGCUGCUAAGAAGGAAGCAUCUACAUCAGUGGUGGAAUGGCCUCCUGAGGUGCUUGAUUUCAUGGCUGAGGAUGCGAUGGGCAUAUCGCGUUUCAGAUUUUAUUAG